GACAGGCUGAGCACACACACAGCGGCGCCAUGCAGUACCCUCGGACCGUCAGCUAGGCAGCUGAAAUCCCUCCUGAAGAGCUCGACCCAGCCCGAAAUGCUCGGUCUAGGGCGCACGUUCCUGUGUUAUUUCACUGAUACACAAUGUGAAGAGGGGAUAAGUGUGAUAAAAUGGCGCGGUUUUGAGUAUUACUUUUCCGUCUCGCUCGGUGUAGCGUGGCAGAGGCAGUGGAUCCUUUCCAAAGUUGUCGGUUAGCAGGGCGCGUGUAAAGGAUCGGAAUUAAAGGCGUAGUACACCCGUUGUCGCCGUAAACAUGGAGAAGCAGCAGCAGAGCGACUUGGACCGAGACCGACAGUACUGCGAACUUUGUGGGAAAAUGGAGAACCUCCUCAAGUGUGGUAGGUGCCGGAGCUCCUUCUACUGCAGCAAGGAGCACCAGAAACAGCACUGGAAGAAACACAAGCUCAUUUGUAAGGAGACGGACAGGGCGCAGCUUCCUAAACAGAAGCCCGAGCAGCCGGGGGACGACACGACAGCGGAGGAAGACCGGGAAAAGAUAAACCCCGAGCUGGCGGACAGUGCGUCGUUACCACACACCACAAACAUAGAAGCACCUGGGGACUGUGAGAGCACCGGGGAGGACGGGUCCAACAACCCCGCCACACCUAACGGACAAACUAGCUCAUCCCCUCAGAAACUUGCCAUGGAGUACAUAGUGCCGUGUAUGAACAAGCACGGCAUCUGUGUGGUGGACAACUUUUUAGGAGCAGAAAUCGGGCUGGGCAUUCUGGAAAAUGUCAAAGCCCUACACAAAACUGGCAAGUUCACAGACGGACAGCUGGUGAGUCAAAAAGGCGACUCCACUAAAGACAUCCGAGGGGACAAAAUCACAUGGAUAGAGGGGAGAGAGCCCGGCUGCGAGAAGAUCCGCUUCCUAAUGACGCGCAUGGACGACCUGAUCAGACAUUGUAACGGCAAACUGGGAAACUACACGAUAAAUGGAAGGACAAAAGCAAUGGUGGCAUGUUACCCUGGAAACGGGACAGGAUACGUGCGCCAUGUGGAUAACCCCAAUGGGGAUGGACGUUGUGUCACAUGCAUAUAUUACCUUAAUAGAGAUUGGACAGCCAAGGAACAUGGUGGCCUUCUUCGGAUCUUCCCAGAAGGAAAGGCCCAGUUUGCUGACAUAGAGCCCAAAUUUGACCGUCUGCUGCUUUUCUGGUCCGACAGACGAAACCCACACGAGGUUCAGCCCGCCUUCGCCACCAGGUAUGCCAUCACAGUGUGGUAUUUUGACGCAGAUGAGCGAGCCAGAGCUAAAGAAAAGUACUUAACGGGUGCAGGAGAAAAAGGAGUUAAGGUUGAACUUGGCAAACCAUCAGAACCCAGCUAAUGGGAAGCGUCCCUUACAAACAGCCAUUAAGUGCUCUGUCCUAAGAAAGUGGCCUAUAGAGAGCAUGUGUGUGUGUUUUACAUGGCAAAACAGCAGACUUUUGAAUGAGUGGGUGGAAGAUCCAUUUUUAUGGAGACAAAACAAACAAAAACAGCGAUUUCUGUUCUUUUCAGAAAACAGGGGAAACCCAGAGGACCUUGAAUGUCAUGACAUUAUACUGAAAGGGAUUGUGCGUGUGUUUUUUUCUCUCUCCCUUUCACCUCUUUGGUGGAGAUCGCUUGCAUUACAGCUGACAUUUUUCAGAAAAUCAACAGGAAUUAAACUCCCAGAGAUUCUUCAUCUUUUGCAUAUGGUUUUUUGCAGUUAUUCCUUAAAGGUACAGUGUUCUGCAUAUGCUUAAUGUGUUAUGCUUUUCACAUGGAAUCAGCUGUUAUAAGCUACUGUAUAGCAAAAUGUACUUGAGGUUGCAAUAAUAUGAGGAAUGAUCUGAAUUAAAAAUACUCUUUUUCUGGCAGAAAA